UUUCCCAUCAUGCAGUUUCACAAACAUGGCGGCCGAGAGCUUUCAUAACAUUGAUGUUACUUUUAUCCACUUGUGAAUCCAUAAAUAAGUGAAUAUUUGUGUUAAAGUGGAUUCUGCACAAUGCCGAAAUACUACGAGGACAAAGAGGAAGACAGCAGGGCCUGCGCCGGCAUCAGAGAGGACUUCAAGGCGUGUCUCCUCCAGCACGACUGUGUGCUAAAGGAGGGGAAGAUGCCCAGUGAGUGUUUGAAGGAAGGCCACUGCAAAGCCCUGCAGACAUCCUUCUUUGAGUGCAAAAGGUCAAUGCUGGACACAAGGUCGAGAUUCAGAGGAAGAAAAGGAUAUUGAGGAACCGUCUGAUUCAGCCAUGCGGUCGAGUGAAUACUGGAUGAGCAAGUGUUAAUACAUCUAAUUAUUUAAAUCACUCAUCAGCACUGCUCACAGGUCAGUGCAGCUUCACGAGCUCAUCUGAAGCACGUUUCAAGAAAGUGGUUAGCGAAGGACUGCCAAAUGUUUAAGGAACAAUGCACACCAAAUGAUGACCAAUUCAGCAGCAACAUGUAGUGCUGAAAACCCUGGAGCCGUCAGCUUUUUCUUUGGAUGAACGAGUGUGUGUGUGUGUGUUGUGCUAUGAGAAACAAUGAAUAAAAUGUAAAGAGUUUAUUACAAUUUUAGUGAAGUGCUGUUAUUAAAAAAAACAC